UUAAAUUUCUUAGAUAAGUUGAACUGUAUAUUUUCUUUUUCUUUUAUUUUUUCAUCAAGAUGGUCUUAUUUAUGUAUUAUCAAUUAUCUUCCAAUAUCAUUUUACAAUAAUCAACAAAGUUACAACCAAAUAUUAAUAUUCUUUAUUUUUGUCGUGCGUUUGUACGCAUAUUUCAUGAAAGGGUUAUCACAAAAAUGUUUGAGGUCAUUUAAAUGUUUGAACAGACGACAUUCUAUACUCUUAUAUGUAAGCAAUCCUGCAACAUUGAAUAACCAAUAUUUUGCGAAAGCCUCAGACACUUGAGAAAGGAACUUCAGACUGCAAAAAAUGGCUGCAGGAACAGAUGUCAGAGAUAUUUUGGAAUUAGAAAGUCCAGAACAGCAAUUUAUCACAAAAGAUGCUUUAAUGAAUAAUAAGCAGAAAAAGGCGGCCAGAAAAUCUGAUGUUUCAUUCAAGAGACCAGAGGGAAUGCACAGAGAGCUAUGGGGGCUUUUAUGGACAGAUAACAGAGAUGCACCUCCAAUCAUACCCACUGAUACAAACCAAGGUUAUAAACAAAUGAAGGCCAAAAUAGGGAGCAGCAAAGUUCGACCUUGGAAGUGGAUGCCAUUCACAAAUCCUGCAAGAAAGGAUGGUGCAGUGUUUUAUCACUGGAGAAGAGUAGCAGACGAAGGAAAGGAUUAUCCAUUUGCAAGAUUUAACAAGGCUGUGGACAUUCCAGUGUACUCAGAUCUGGAAUAUCAGCAACAUCUCCAUGAUGACAAUUGGACGAGACAGGAAACAGAUUUUCUUUUUGACCUGUGUAAACGUUUUGACUUGCGCUUCAUUUUAAUUCACGACCGCUGGAACAGGGACAAGUUUCCGAACAGAAGUGUGGAGGACAUAAAGGAGAGAUACUAUGGUAUCUGUAACACUCUGUCAAAGGUCAGAAUACCACAAGGUACUGAGCCCAAAAUUCGAGCUUUUGAUGCAGAGCAUGAAAGAAAACGAAAACAGCAGCUGAUCAAACUGUUUGAUAGAACUCCUGAGCAGGUUGAGGAGGAAGAACAUUUGAUUGCAGAACUGAAGAAAAUUGAACUACGGAAGAAAGAGCGUGAAAAGAAAACGCAGGACCUGCAGAAACUGAUUACAGCAGCCGACAGCAAUUUUGACAGCAGACGGUCAGAGAAGAAGCAGACCAAGAAAAAGAUUCACACUCCUCAUCAGAAGAUAAACCCAACAAUUUCUACACCAGAGCCCAGUGGAAUUAAAUUUGCAGAUUUCAAGACAUCAGGCGUGUCUUUGCGAAGCCAGAGGAUGAAAUUACCAGCAUCUGUUGGACAGAAGAAGAUGAAAGCAAUUGAACAAGUCCUGGAAGAGCUUGGCAUCGAAUAUAAUCCAAUUCCCACGGAAGACACAGUUACACAUUUCAAUGAAUUGCGACAGGAUGUUGUUUUGCUUUAUGAAUUGAAAAUUGCCUUAGCAACAUGUGAUUAUGAACUGGAGUCCUUAAAACACAGAUUUGAAACACUAGCACCUGGAAAGCCUCUUCCAAUAGAAGCCACAGUCAAAUCUGAGCCAAUGUGUUCUGUGUUGGGGUCAGAUGCAGCUGAAUCUCUCAUCACUCCCAACAUCUCCCCAGAGUCUCCCUCCAAACUGAAGAAGCUGUCCGAGGCUAUUGAUGUGGUCAAUUCUAACCCUCCAGGAACACCCAAUAGAAAACGAAAAGCAGCUUUGGAACAGGGUAACAUGCUAAAGAAAAUGAAACAGAAAGUGUGAACAUGAACAACUUCACCUGAGACAAUGUAAUAACAUAAACACUUUCACGCAAGUUAAUGUUUGUAACAACUUGGCAAAUUGGUGAAUGCCUUGCUGCGCUGCGCUCCAACUUGAAUACUGCAUACAGUGACCUGAAUCCGCUUUACCUGUGUGUAGUGGAUAUGACAGUGUCAGGAAACUUGCUAAAAUUCCAUGUACAUCAAAAAUGAAGCCCACAAUAACAGGUCAUAUUGUUGUUUAUUGCUAGCAUUUAUGUGAUCUUAGGGAAAUAGACCAAAUAAAGUGGUGCAUCAUUACAA